UACAGCAAGGAGAAGCAGAUUGGAAGGAAAAGCCUGAUGCAUGGCAACAGUACAAGAAAUUAAAUCGCAGAGGCAUUAAAAAUGUGUCUACAAUUUGCAAACACAAUUUAAUAUUCAACAUAAAGAAAAUGAAUUUGAUUAGGUGAAAAUCCUCAAAAACUAGGGCAGGUCAAAUUUAAAGGAGCGCUAGAGUCAGUAAUGGCAUGAAAAUCCGGAGCAGGGGCUUAGAAUGGCCAAUUACAGGAUUUCUUUGCUCGUGAAAAGUUCUGCUUCUGCCGAUGAAUUUAUAGUUGUACGCCAAAGUCGGCCAUUGGCAAUACCUUUGGAUGAUGAAACGCCUCAACAUUGCUUUGCUGAUUCAGAUUUAUGGGAUAUCCCUUCUUCUUCUUUAUCUCCCAAACAUGAUCUCACUGCUUCAGAUGUUGAACUAGUGGAAACAGAAAAUGCUAUCGCCGUCCAAAAUGCUCUGGAGAAUUUGGGCCUGCGUGGUUUCGAUGUCUCGUCUUCUGCUCAAUUGAUUCUCAUGCAGAUAUCCACAGCCAAGUGCAUAACCCAACCAUGGAGUUACUGGAAAUUAGUUGAAGAAGCUGACUUUGGACCUGGAAUUCCUACUAAUACACUGUUUUUCAUGACUGAAGUCAAACCAGAUGAAUUUGUUUUAUCAGAGGAAGCCAAGUGGUUGACUUUCCCAGAAGCAUGGAAGUUGCUUGUAGACGUUAAUCCAAGAGAGGACCGUGUAGGACCUUUGGCAAGCAUUGCAUCCUCUUCCCAUUUUGGCGAGCCUUUACAAUGGAAAUUCAAUUUUAAAUUACAUUACCAGGAGUAUCCUCCUGGUGUCCUUGUUGUUCCAAUGAACAGUAGGACUUUAAAGCCAUUCAAAAAAACAAACUUGGUUGUGUUUGUACCUGAUGGGUAUUCAAAUUCUAGUUGUGAUGAUGCAAAUUCCAAUAUCUAUGGAGAUGCUUUGAUUGUAGAUCCAGGAUGCCAUUUUAGAGUCCAUGAUCAGAUCAGAAGGAAAACAUCAACGGGCCGGGGGGGAACAGCAAGACAAAGGCUACGACGAGCGUCUCCAACUGUUCCAGUCAUUCAGUUGGCAGAGAUUGUUGCUUCAUUGCCACAAAAACUUGUGAUUUUUGUGACACAUCAUCAUCUUGAUCAUGUAGAAGGUCUUUCAACAAUACAAAAGUGCAAUCCAAGUGCUAUUUUAAUAGCUCAUGAGGCAACCAUACGUCGUAUUGGAAAAGGUGCUAUUGGUUUUAAACAUUUCAAUGUGCAUGGGGGCUCUACGCUUUGUAUUGGUGGACAAGAGUUUCGUGUUAUUUCAGCACCAGGUCACACAGAUGGUCACAUGGCACUACUUCAUAUUAUGACACAGACACUCAUUGUUGGUGAUCAUUGUGUAGGCCAAGGGAGUUCCGUCUUAGAUGCCACAGCUGGUGGAAACUUGAAGGAUUACAUGGAGACAACACGCCAAUUUUUAGAGCUUUCUCCACAUAGUAUUAUUCCCAUGCAUGGACGGCCCAACCUUUGGCCUACGAAUCUUCUGUCUGGUUAUGUCAAGCAUCGGAAACAAAGGGAGGCAAAAGUGCUGAAAGCUGUUGAAGAUGGUGCAAGUACACUGUAUGAAAUUGUUUCAAAAGCAUAUACAGAUGUGAAUCAUACCAUGUGGAUUGCAGCUGCUUCAAAUGUGAAGUUACAUGUUGAACAUUUAGCAUACCAGCAAAAACUUCCUGCGGACUUUUCUAUGGAUAAAUUUGUUUCAAGCUGCCGGAUUCCUUUCCUCAUGAGGUGGCUUUGCAAGAAAGCUCAGGAGAAUUCUUAUCUCAGGUUUGCAGGAAAUCUAUUUCCUGUAAUCAUUUUUGGUGUUGCCUCCUAUAUGUUUUUCAAAAGCAAUGUUAAAGAGAAAGCAAUGCCAUCAUCUGACAUUUCUCACCAAGAUUAAAAAAAUAAGACUUAAAGAGGUACUAGGUCUAAGUAAAAUUAUUUUAAUAACAUUAGAGACAUAUUCACGAGAGUUUGAAACAAAAAUUUAAAAAGUCCUUUGUGGAAAUAAAAAGUCAUGUGUAUCUGUUCAAAGCACAAAGCACUAUUUUCGUUUUUGGC